AUGACAGCAGCUGUUGCAUCCGCACAGGCAUCACCAUCAACUGGAACUAAGAAAAACAGUCUUUUAGAUUCUCCAGAAAACCUCAAGGAGGCCAUAGAUUGGAUAUUGAGAGUGACCAAUAAGGAUGGACGGAAUGAUGGUACAAAGGAUUUGGCCGAGGCGCUGAAGCAACUGCUUACGGAAGUGCCGGGACAACUUAGCAAAGAUCCUAAGAAGUCCAGUUACAACAUACGAGAUGUUUUAACCGCAGUGAUACAGGCGUUGGGAAGAGGUGGUAUCAGUAGCUAUGGAGGUAGUAGCGCUAGCAGGUUGAUUGAUCAAUUGUCUGACUCUCUAGCCGCUUUCAUUGGUUACAAGAAUGAGAGUGGGAAUGGUUGGAGGUUAGGUGAAAAUGGUAUCGCGUGUACUCAGACUUGUGUAGAAAACACCAAAAAGGCGGCGGAUGAGGCGGUAGAGAAGGCAAAGAUCUAUUCUGCCAAAAAAAAACCCAAACCUGCCCAAAUCAGUAAAUUUGAGGAAUAUAAAGACUGUCUAUGUCCCACUAUCGUCCAAUGUAAGGGUGUCUUGCCCCUUUUCUACCGUUAUGGAUUCACAUAUUAUAGUCCCGUCUCUUUGAAUGGCAAACAUGUGAGUGAUAAUACGGAUGACCUCAAAACAUUGAAAAGGAAAUGCUUGGUAUUCUCCUACCAGCUCCAAGAAGUCAUCAAUGACGGUCUAUUCGAUGAACUCCUCCAAACCAUAAAUAUCUUCAUCUACCACAUACGUGAACCAUUCCUUUUCUACCUCCUAACAUUCUGGCUAGUGGUAAUAGCCUAUCUGACAUAUGGGCUACUACUGCCACUGGACCUACUACACAUUCGGUCACAUUGGAAACUGGAGUACACUUACCGGGUGCUACCAAUCAGUCUAUUCACGAAUAAGGCAUUGGCACCCAGUAAGAUGUGGUAUUUUAAACCAUAA